AUGCCCCGUAUUUGCGCCCCCGUCUCCAAGCAGCUCUCGCGCUCAGUCUCCUCCUCAGUCACAGCCGCCGCCAGAACAGCGGGUCACAAGAAUGCCGGCGCUGUGCUGAUGCCAAAGUACGCCGAGCUCCUGGGCAAGAAUGAGCAGAGCGACUCCUCCCGUGGUAUCACCACCACCCACCGCCCUACUCCACAGCCAUCCAUUGCCAACCGCAACAGGCCGCUGAUGCAGACCUUCUCCCACUCUGCCUCAGCUUCCACUUCCAGGCCUGACGGCAACCUGGGCACCACCGUCCUCCCCUCCUGGGACGCCCUCUACUCCAGGCCCUCCCAGGCCGACGCCACCCCCAUGGUCCCCAUCGUCCCGGACAACUACGGCGUCGUCAACGUCGUCGUCGACGCUCCCGUCAGCGCCCCGGAGGUCACCAUCGUCGCCGUGGACCCCGACAGGGUCUCCGCCAGCUCCCCCUUCUUCGAGGUCACCGGCCUCGACGGCGUUGACCUCAAGUUCGCCCAGCAGCCGGAACCUACCAAGGAUAACACCCAGGAGGACGGCCCCUCCCAGGGCAUGGUCACCGACAUCUGGAAGGGCAUGGUCGACGACAUCCUCGGCCGCGGUCAGCAAAAGAACCUUGCGUGA